AUUGACAAAACAAAAAGCAACCGACUUACGACACCUUUAGUUACAUUUACUUACUUCACCUACAGGAUGCUAUGCAUGAAUGAAUGAGUGAAUACUUGAACACGUCCUCUCGUCUUCAUUGCCCAGGGCUAUCUACCAGUCCAAUCAGUACAUAUUCGGAGGCAACCCAGUGUCAGCGUAACACACUCGUGUCCUGACUACCUGAGGUACCUACCUACCUAACGUGCUUGCGUACUUGAUUUACCUGGGAAAAUCAAUAUUCGCGACCCCAUCAUAGAAAAGGAGGCAGAUGCUGCAGAUUGCUGUUGUCUACAGCCUGAGAGGGAUCCUUGAAGCAGAUAUACUUAGACUCCCUACCUGAACCGAAGACCUUUUGUUGUUUAUUCCCUUCUUUUGUUCAUUUCAGCCUGGGAAAGCCAGGCCCCGUCGUCAUUCAUAAUGGUCGUCUACUCGUUUUACAUUUUUGACAGGCACACCGAAUGCAUCUACACCAAGCAAUGGCUUCCUCCGCCGCCCAGCGCCCCGGAGACGAGCAAGCCCGGGCGAGAUAGCCGCAAGGACGACGCCAAGCUCAUCUUUGGCACCGUCUUUUCGCUGCGCAACAUGGUCCGUAAGCUCGGUGGGGAUGACGACGCCUUCAUCGCGUACCGGACCGCCCAGUACAAGCUGCAUUUUUACGAGACGCCGACGAACCUGCGCUUCGUGCUGCUCACCGACACGGCGAGCAUGAGCAUGCGCAAUGUGCUGCACCAGAUUUAUAUCAACCUCUGGGUUGAAUAUGUUGUGAAAAACCCCCUGGCGCCGGUUGAGCACAAGGGUGGAGAGGGUGUCAAGAAUGAGCUUUUCGAGUUGGGACUGGAUCAAUUCAUCCGAGGGUUAAUGUGAAGCAAGUACACUUGUAUGCUGCUCUCUAGAGUAGGAUAUAAGGCCGUGAGUGGUUAUGAGAUCAUCACCGUCGGUCCAGAGACUAUUCGCCC